AUGGAUUUGACUCCCAUUGCACCUUUGAAUUCAUGGAUUUUUGUGAAAAGAACAACAUCAUUCCCUUCUAUCUCAUCCCGCAUACGAGUCACCUAUUACAACCUCUGGAUGUUGGUGUUUUUCAAGCCUUUAAGCAUCAUCAUUCAGUGGCAGUGGAAAGAAGCAACAAGACGCGGCUGUGAGAAGUUCACAAAGGUUGAAUUUCUUCAUGCUAUCACCUCCAUACGAAAAGCAACAUUCAGAGUUCAUACAAUCAAACAUGGAUGGGAAGCAACUGGCCUACUUCCAUUCAAUCCUUCAAUUGUCCUUAAUAAAUUGCGUGAAUUCGAGACUACUCCUUCAGAAUCUUCAAAUUCAGAUUCCAUGGAUUCAGAUACUUGGUAUACUCCUUCAACUGUACGCCAAUUCAACCGAUAUAAACGCAAACUCGAGGCUUUGGAAGAGGAAGAUGAAGAUAACUAUGAUGAGGACUAUAUAUAUGAAGGAUUACAGAAGCUUUAUAAGGGUAGUAUUGCAAUGGCCAAUACAGUGGCUCUUUUGCAGGAGGAGCUCUCGCAGACAACUGCCGCCUCGGCUGCUCGCAAACGCCGUCUGAACGGCUCACGGAGGGUAGUUCAUAAAGGAGGAGUCAUCUCUGCAGAUAAUAUUCGCAAAAUGACAGCUAUUCAUCAUCAGAUUGGUAUUGAGGAGGCAUUGGAGAAGUUACGGCCAAAAUGGAAGAAGGUUAUGAAGGAACUUAAGAGAUAUUGCAGAGACAAAGGCAUUUAUGUUAAUGCCACCAAAUUUACAAGGAAUUCACGGCAAUAG